ACAACUCAACAACAGAUAACCACCCAGCAGCAUUUUUAUUGAGCGAUUUCUCUCGGCUUCUGAUAAACAUGGCAUUGUGAAAGCGAUCAACUUUAGGUGUGAAUAACACUAAAUUGUAACAGAACACAUGUAAAGUACCUUAAAAUAUCACUGUCUAUCUGACAUCGUUCAGCAUGCAUGGGGCUCAUGUGCAGCCCCGUGCAAAAACUAAACUUUUCGCUCAGCUGCAUUCUACUUACAAUAUGCGGUCAAAACAAAAAACAUGUAUAGUGUAUCUAUAGUACAUGAAUACUUACUAUACAUGUUUUGAUUUAAUUCACAAAUUAGAAAAUAUUUAAAAGAAAUAUAGUGUCAGGUUUCUAUUUUUGUUGAGAAUAUAUUUCAUCUCAACAUCUUCACAACAUCUCUUAAAUCUAUUUCAAAUAGGCCUGAACAUUUUCUAUCAGCUUAAUUAGCUGACUAAAUAAGGGCUUGAUCCCUAUCAGUUUCUUGAUAAUAUUUUUCGCUAAACUUAGUCAUACAUUUAGUUACAGUACCUGUUUGUUCAAGUGCACGUAAACCUUCCACUUCCAAAAUAUCUGGACUCUGAUCAUUUUUUAAAGGCUUUUUAUUCUUUUUCUUCUUUUUUCCAGCUGAUUUUUUCGCUUUUUCCGAUCCCAUUGGUAUUUUCUUAUUAGUCUGCUUUGCACUAUUAUUUUUAUCCAUAUCAAAAAUGAAGAAACAAAAGUGUCGGUGUUUUGUCGUUUUGAAGGGCCGCCAUAUUGUUUACACCGAACAACACAGAAAGUUUACACAAAAAAGUAGCGCGUAUGUUUUUACUUUUUUGUUAAAAUUUUUCUUGUCAAGUUCAGAAAAUAUUCAAAAUAUUAAAUAACUUUAAACUACAGAUAAAACUAUCUCGAAAAAAUGGUGAAAAAAAUACAUUCAUUGUUUUUAUGAAGUGUUUUCCUGUUGCUAAGGUAAUCAGUGCGUGAACUUUUUACACGGUGUCUUGUGAUUUUAAUGUUCAUGAAAAUGCUUAUUUAGCGCGCGAAAAUGAAUAAUUGCGGAGGCGAUGAAUUUAGCGAUAAUGAAGACGAGAUAUUGACGACAGCAAUAGAAAAUUUUGAAGCCAGUUUAAAGCCCAACUCAAGUGUAGCCAAGGAUGAAGAGCUUCGAACCCCAUUGGAGAGGUUUAGACCAGGAUAUUUAUGGGUCUCUGACCUGACUAGACAGAACUGGUGUGAGCAGCAAGUGUAUUAUUCUUUCACUGUACCAGCAAUUGUGGAAGAAAACCCAGUCAUGACUGAAGGGUCUAGCCUACAUUUAGCAAGAGAGCUGGCAGUUCAUGAUGUGGUUCAAGUAAAGGUCACAUCCAAUGAAGAUAUUUGGGCAAUCAAAGUAUUGAAUCUUCUAUCCUCCCUGAUCUCCUUACUUAAUGGUCAGACUGUUGCUAGAGAGAUUCCCAUAUUUGGAGCACCGUUUGAUGAAGACGUGUUUAUUGUUGGUCUCAUCGAUGAACUGAGAUUUGAUCCGACAUCAUUUCAAUUGGAUCUGUGGGAGUUUAAGACUCGUAAAUAUAAGAAUAUGCCAUCGAAGGCGCAGCAAGCUCAAAAUAGGUUACAGGUAAUGCUGUACAAGAAAUUGUUUGAUGACCUGGUCAAAGGUAAACUAACUAAGGAAGUAAUUGCGAAACAUUUAAAACUAGAUAUGAAUAGAACAUUUGGUAGUGAUAUCCAAGCAACUAUUGAUGAUAAAUGCUUAACAGGCACGACUCUUAAUCAAUUGUUGGAUAUUUUGUUCAUUAGAAUACAAUGCAUUACUUGUAUUAAAGAAAUCGGGAUAGAGUACGAACAUCAGGGAAGUAAAGAAUCUCUUGGAAUGAAUAGUGUAGAUUAUGAUGAUGAAGAAUUAGAGAAAUUAUUUAAGA